GUAUUAUUAUUUUUUGUAGUUUCAACUCUUCACACAUUUUACAGUUACUGUGACAUACGCCGAGGCGGUGUCGACCGGGGUCGCCAAGUUGCCCUGCGACAUCAAGCCGCCCGCUUUGGCUGACAGAGUGCACCUGGUCAUCUGGUACAAAGAAGGCCACCCCUCGCCAAUUUACAGUGUCGAUGCGCGUAACAUGACGGUGGAAGCGGGACGGCACUGGUCCGAAGAGGCAGCCCUCGGUGGAAGGGCGUUCUUCCAGGCGUCGGUCGCACCCGCUAGGCUGACGAUCGAAAACGUCAAAGACGCCGAUGCCGGUGUCUACAGGUGCAGAGUCGACUUUAGAAAAUCCCCGACGAGGAACACAAAGGUCAACCUCACCGUUAUACUUCCACCGGAACAGCUGAGCGUUCUGGACGAAAAAGGCGAACACAUUCCUCAUUACAUUCUCGGACCUUACAACGAAGGGGCGACAGUCGAUAUAACCUGCAUAUCUACUGGAGGUCGACCACUCCCAAAAUUAACCUGGUGGCAGGAGAACGCUCUUUUGGACGAUUCCUACGAGGUGAUAUCGGAACGUAAAGUGCGAAACGUUCUCCGGGUGACGCAGUUGGAAAGGCGACACCUUCACGCCGUCUUCACCUGCCAAGCGUCCAACAACAACCACCUUUCUCCGAUUUCCAGCGCCGUCACACUCGACAUGAACCUGAGACCACUUUGGGUGAAGCUGCUUGGACAAAAUCGGCCUCUAAGCAGUGAGAACACGUACGAAAUUUCCUGCGAGGUGGUCGGGGCUCGGCCUCCUCCUCUCAUCACGUGGUGGAAGGGCAGUAUACAACUGAGGAACACCAGGGAGACGACAAGCACUGAUGGAAAUAGGACGGUCAGUACGCUGAGUCUGGUGCCAACAAUGGAGGACUCUGGCAAGUACUUGUCAUGUCGAGCAGUCAACAGCCUGAUACCAGAUUCAGGAAUGGAAGACGGCUGGAAACUCAACAUCUACCAUGUUCCGAUUGUCAGUCUGGAGCUCGGCACAAAUUUAAAUGGUAGCUGGAUACGGGAAGGCGUAGACGUCUAUUUUGAAUGCAACAUCAAAUCAAAUCCAUGGGUCUACAGAGUCAGUUGGAGGCGAAAUGGUAUCCCAGUAACAAACAACCUAAAUGGUGGAACCAUAUUGGCAAAUCAGAGCCUUGUUCUACAAAAUGUAGAUCGUGCGAGAGCUGGCCUUUACACUUGCGUGGCCAGCAACCAAGAAGGGGACGGUGAAAGUAACCCCCUUUAUCUGGACGUCAAAUUCGUUCCUGUAUGCCGCCCUGGUCAAGCAAAUAUCAUAGGGGUUGGCAAAGGCGAACUGGCCAGGGUCCCCUGUGAAAUAGAGACCAACCCACCAGCAACAGAAUAUGUCUGGAAGUUCAACAACACAGGAGAAAAUGUGGAAAUACCAAGUACACAUUUUACAACCGAACCAACCCACAGUAUUGCAACUUACACACCAGUAACCGAACAUGAUUUUGGCACUUUGCUUUGUUGGGCUAAAAAUGCCCUCGGAACAAUGAAGCAACCAUGUGCAUACCACAUAAUCCCUGCAGGCCGACCGGACUCUCUCACCAAUUGUUCACUUGUGAAUCAAACUGAGACAUCUCUGGGAGUCGAAUGUUCUGAAGGCUUCGAUGGAGGCCUGCAACAACAAUUUGUCAUGGAGGUCUUUGAAUCUACAAAAAGGAUAUUGAUGGCUAAUAUAUCAUCAGUGACACCAGUGUUGGCUGUUGCCGGAUUGCCACCAGGUCUUGAAUAUCAAGUUGCAGUUUAUGCUAUUAAUGCAAAAGGAAGAAGUGAUUACACAAUCAUACAUACAUAUACUUUAAAGUCGCCACAAAAAAGGACUGCUAUUAGCCCUGUGGUUUUACAAUUUAUACCUCUGAUUGGAAUACUCUCAGGUGUUGUUGCAACACUCGUUGCAGUUGCUACUUGUGUAGUUUUGGUUCUAAGAUGCCGAGAGAAAAACAAAACGCAGAAAGGAGAAGAGGCUAAUUCAGUGAAACAGCAUCCAUUGAAUCAGAGCACAGAUAGCCUGGAUAACAAUCCAGAUAUCAUCCCACUGAGCAGUGAAUAUCAAGGCACUGAUGAAAAAAUUCUUGAAAGAAAUAUGGCUCAUUACCCAACAGAAUUAAACUUCAAAUCACCGAAAGGAGAAGUUACUUAUGCAGAGCUGAGUUUAGCCGGCACCUGUACAGUUUAUUCAGAACUGCUCUCAGCGUCAGGCGAGCCAACAGUUUAUGCUCAAAUUGAUCAAGGAAAUCAUAUGAACCAUUUGCCACAUCACACCACGGCAAAUAAUUGUGAUACUCUUGGCCUUGCUUGCACCAGCUCCUCUCGUUUGGGCAUUGUGACGGCCACAAGAUUUUGACAGACUGAUGAUAAGCCAUGGACCAUCACUGAUAUGUUAUAAUUUUCUUUUUAUAAAUACGUUCAAGAAUUCACAGUAUACACAAAGCAUCAAUUACAUUUCACAAGGCCUGCCGUCUUGAAAUUACUGUAAUAAAUAAUAGGUGUACGUUUGUUUAUUAAUUAAAAAUAUUUACGAAUAACACUGACAAACGAUUGAGUCCAUUAAUUAUACUGUGUCUAACAUAAUUUCUGUAGUUCUAACUGUAUUUAUAGUAUUUCAAUUUCUGAAUGAUAUAAAACAAUGUUUAUAUUUAAAAAUGUCUAGAUAAGUAAUCAUUUAGUCAAUAUAAUUAAAUGGUGUAAUAUUCUCUCAAUGUUUAUAUAAUUUUUUUCUUAUAAUGGCUAUCCACUUUAUAACCAUGAAUGUAAAAAUUACUGUAAUAAAGUAUUUAACUAGUGAUUCAUUAAAGUAGUUUUGUAAAUGUGAAGAUAAUUUUGUGUGCAACUUACUCAUAAUGGCCGCAAAACAUUUCUUUUAUUAUUUCAUUAUUUUAUUUAAAGAUGUAAUUAUAUUUUUUAAUGAGUUAGAAGAUAAAACAGACGGCGUAUUGUAAUGUGAACUAAAACAGUCAAAUUCUUCACGUUUUACGUUAUAAUAUCCUUUCCUAAAACGGUGUCUGUUAGGAAUUUUUUCUAAACAAUAUUUUUAUUAAUUACACCACAAGGUAUUGCAAUAUUUCGUCGGUUUAAAAAAAAAAAAAAAGUGUAAAUUAAUUAU